GUGCCCGACCCCCCCGCCGGCAAACCGCGCGUCACAAACGUCACCUGUGAUUCGCUGACGCUCUCGUGGCAGGAAGUGGGACGGAAACCCGCAGCGGGAAUCACAGCUUACAUCGUGGAGAUAUGGAAAGCAAGCGAAAGACGAUGGCGUUCUGAGUCGAUCGUGUUUGGUACAAACUACACGGUGAAGAAGUUACAACCGAUGUCUGGAUACAUGUUCCGCGUACGGGCGAAGAACGCGUACGGAAUCAGCGAGCCAGGAGAGGUCACUGACCCCAUCGUUACCAAAGAGAAGAAGACAGAUGGCGACCUGCCCUUCAAUCCCAGGCAGGUCAAAGUUCGUAAGGACAUUGUGGAGAGGUUCUAUGAUGUCAACGAGGUCGUUGGAAGAGGAAGGUUUGCGACAGUGCAGCGGUGCCAGGAGAAGUUGUCCGGCCGGGUUCUGGCGGCGCGAACCGUCCGCCUCGACACGGCCGAACAGCGAGACAAACUCCUGCGCGAGAUCGACAUGAUGCAGACGUUGCAUCAUGGGAAGAUCCUGCAGCUCUACGAUGCCUUCGAGCUGGACAGCAAAAUCACCCUCGUGCAGGAGUUUCUGGAGGGAGGGCCGCUGAUGGAGCGGUUACUGGAGCCGGACUUCACGCUAACGGAACGGGAGGCGGCCAUGUUUGUCCAACAGGUGUGUGAGGGGCUGCAGUACCUGCACAGUCAGCAGGUGGCACACCUGGACCUGCGGCCGGAGAGCGUGAUGUGUGCCGACAGGACGGGGUGUAACGUCAAGCUCCGCAACCUCGGCAGCGCGCGGCGCCUGAAUCCACGGGAAAACACCAGAGUGAGGUUUGAAGCUCCUGAGUUCUGUGCUCCGGAGGUCGUGAACUUUGGGGUCAUCUGGUUUGCUGCUGACAUGUGGAGCCUGGGGGUCAUGACCUACCUACUGCUGUGCGGAGUUUCCCCGUUUGCAGGGAAGUCAGACCUGGCCACCUUAAGGAACAUCAUCCGAGGGAACAUUGACAUGACCAGGGAGGGAGUCAGCAGCAGCUCUGAGCAGGCCAGGGACUUCUUACGGGGGCUGCUGGCACAGAGCAAGGAGGCGAGGUACACCAUUGAACAGUGUCUCCAACACAGCUGGCUGCAGAGAGACAGAAGAGUUACUGGGAAGUACGUCGUACCGAAACAGAACAUCAAGGACUUCAUGGCCAGGAGAAAGUGGCAGAAAAUGAGAGCCAUGAAACAGCUCGAGGCCCAGGGCAGUUCGCUGCAGGGUUUUUCAGGUGCCCGACCCCUCGGCCAGGUCACGCGCACGGCCUCUGUGUCCAGCAUUGAUUCAGGUUUGGAAAAAAGACCCGAAGCCAUGCUGCAGAAAUCUGCCUCUAUCCAGGACGUCACCUCCGAGAAAGCCGGGUACCCGAACGGGCCAGCCGCUGGGCAACACAGGACGACCCUGGUGAUUCCAAGGCCCCCACUGGUGAAGUCGAGGACGAUCGAAGGGACAGCUCCAACGGAACCUGCCACCCCUCCGCAGCUCACAGUGGUGCAGACGAAAGAAGCAGCGAAAAUCGAAGUCCCGAAAAUCCUCAGCACCCCAACGUCAAAACGGGCAGAACUUUUGCCUCCUCAUGCAACAGGCAGACCGGGACAGCUUUCAAAGUCAAGGUCAUUUGACAUCUCCUCAUCGCAGCCUCAAAUCCAGGUGUCUCAGACGCCCUCAGGGUCACAGAAAGUGCCUCAAGGUCAUGCCUCAGGACUUCUUAAGCAAGCGUCGGCUGAUGACGCCUUCAUGCCUUCCACGCAAGACGUUGUUGCCAAGACGGCGACCCUUCCGCGCCGAGAGCGACCCCACUCCAUGGUGAUCGAGCCGGCGUACCUCCCGACCCCGCAGAAGCAGCGACCGUUAAGCGACAGCGGGUUGCCAUCGGCAAUGGUUGCUCCAAUCAGCCCACGCGGCGGGAACAUCAGCCCCGCCAAGGUCACGGUCGUCUCCGGUCCCCUGCGGCCGGUACAGAAGUCAGGGUCGUUCGAGGUCAUGGGGGUCGGACGAGGUCAGACACCAAGCCCAACGGCUGCCAAACUCACCGUCAUCGCGAGCCCCGGCCCGCCGGUAAAAUCGCCCACGGGGCAGCACUUCUUUUCCCGAAGCAGUGACGAAAGCCCCGGUAACGUUCCGGCGCCUCCGCCAAUAAUCGACCAGAAGGUUCCGCCGGACGUGCGGAAGCCGCAGCUGACAGACCAUCAGCUGAAGACCCCGAGCCCGAAACGGCCGCGGACGCCAAGUCCCGCCCGUGUCGUCGUCACUUCCAUUCCGAGUCCGACCGGCAGCCCUGCUACCGCCCAGAGGGAGGGACACCCGCCCAGCGCAAAGGUGCAGAAAUCCGGAGAACCGCUCACAGAAACUAAACAGCAAAAGGCAGAUAAACAAGAGACUCGACAAGAUGUAAAACAGCAAAAGGAUGGCAUCGCCAGCCGUCAGAAAGCUCGCACGUCACCCACAAAACUCAUGAAACAGAAAGCCGUGUCAAGCAGGUUGCAGAAGCCAACCUUUGAAGACCCCACCCUCAGCAAACCUGCACCGCCCAAAGCUGAGAAACCAAAGCCACCACCCCCUGUCCUUACUGAAACUCCCCUCACCAAGCCACCCCCUCCUACUAUUACUCAAACUCCCCCCUCGCCAGGUUCACCUUCGAUGGUCUCCCCUUUUACUUUCAAAAAAGCUGCUGUAUUUAAAGACAAGCCUUCUCGCGUUGCCAAGGCAACGAAAGACGACAUCUAUAAAGACAUGCCUCCUCUGGAGCAAACAAAACCAUCCGUUACCAUGGAAACAAAAGCUGUACCAAAAGACACCAAAAAGAAAGUUGUCCAAACUGUGCCGAAACCAGUGCCUGCUGCUCCUGUCAGCAAACCUUCUCUGGGACAAGCUAAGCCAACCGUGCAGCCCAAAACACCUGAAGUGCCACAAACCACAAAAAAGGAGGUCUCCAAACCGACAUCUCCAGGCCUAAGACAUGUCUCCAAAGUGCCAACAAAGACUCCGGAUGAGAAAAAAGAAGAGGAAAAGAAGAUAUCGAGAAUCGAAGCUCCAAAGAUGAAAGUGUCCUUCUCAGUGGAAGAGAAGGGAGUGACAGAAAAGCCUGCUCCGGCAAGACUGGGGGUGCCGAAGCUCGUAAAAGCGAAGUCACUCGACGACCGUUCCACAGUUGAAGCGAGGAUGUCCAAACCUCAGCUUCUCAAGAAAUCCUCCUCCUUCGACGCACCUGAUGAUAAGUCUCCACUAGAGAUAAUCCUCCAGAUGAGAAAGGGUUUAAGACCAGUGAAGAAGCAAGCAGCACGAGCGCCUCUGGUUCACUCUAAGUCAGUCCCAGACGAGCUAAGUCAGAUUACACAGAAGAUCCGAGGAAUGACAAAAAGUGGCAGCCCGGAGAAAGAGAAAACGGCUCCUGUUAAAGCUACUCCCAUGCCUGUUCUGCGGAAAUCGGCCUCGCUGGAACUUCCACGGAUUACCGUGAUCGAGAAACCAUCCCUACAGCCAAUCACGGAGAAGCCGGAGACACCGCCCGCGACGCCGCCAAAACCGAAGGUGCACGUCGUCGCAGAUCGCGUGAAAAUUCCGCCCAGCAAGGAGACCGCAGAGACAACAAAAACACCUGAAAAGUUCAAACCUCUCUUUGUACGCAAAGCGGAGCCACCGGCCCAGCUGAAAAUCCCUCCUCACAAGAAGAAACAAGAAGAGGAGAGAAAAACAGAGUUGAAGGAAGCUCCGUCGGUCCUCUCAAGGGCCAACCUGGCAAUCUUCCAGCAGGCUAAGCCACUGAAGUUUAAGAAAACUCCGUCCAUGGAAGAAGCAGAGAAAGUUGAGAAGACGACGAAAGAGCGACGAAAGGUGCCGUUUGUUGAGCUGAAGAAGGUACCGUCUGUAGAGAAAAGACUAGAAGAGGCAGAAAAGAAAACUAAGGUUGAAAAGAAAGUAUCUUCUGGUACAGAGGAGCAGAGGGUGGCAGAGAAAUUACAGAAGGGUCUGGGGGUGGGCAAGGAACCAGUGCCGAAACUUGAGAAGGCUGUUCCUGAGGUCAAGGAGAAAAAGGUUGACGAAAGGAAGGUUCCAGAAGUGCCGAGAAGGAAGGAAGGGGCGGAAGACGUUAAGAAGGCUCCGGAGGGUCCUAAGAUGGAAGCUGCAGCUCUUCAAGAGGCAAAGAGAAGUCCAGAAGCUCCAAGGAGAGAGGCAGAGUCUACCCGAGGUGUCUCCACUGAGAUGGUGUCUGUGGUGAUCACGGCUUCUGCACAGCCUCCAGAAGUGCAGCCGGUGGUACCUCGGGUGGAGGAGAGACCAGCUCCUCUCACUCCUGCUGUUCCUGUUACCAUGGCAACAGAGAAACCAGCCGCAGAGAAGGCCAGAGAGCCGCCGCCGCCGCCCAAGCCGGUUUCUCCCAAGAAAGAGGCGGCAAAACCGCCUCCAUUGUUACUCGAGAAGGUUCAAGACGCUAAGAAGGUUUCUCCCAAGACAUCCCCGGUGCCUAAGACGUCUCCAGUAGCUAAAAUGUUACCCGAUAGGCCUCCCACUCCUCCUCCUCCGGUGGCUAAGAAGUCACCGGAAGCUGAGAUGGCCCGCGACGCGCCCCAACCACCCUUGGCACAGCCGUCCCCCCGCCGGCCAAAGUGGUCGCAACCACACAGAAGGAACCAGAACCAGCGCCAGCACAGAGGAAGGAACCACCGGAGCCGGCGCCCAAACCGAAGCCCCCGGCGUUCUCUCGAGUCGCAGUCAUGGAGGUCGCCAAGAAGACAGGGGAGGUCACCAUCAUGGCUGAAGAGGUCAAGAAACCGGUUGCCAAAAUAGAACCGGUUCCGCAGGAGGGAGAGGUCAAAGGUCGGCUGAUAGAGGAGGUGGUGGCAACCAUACCGGAGGGAAAGCGCCCGCUGGCCCGUAUGACGUCCCUGAAGCGACGCGGGUCCACCGGCUCCGACAUGUCGGGCGUGUCGUCUCCUGCGGACUCUG